AUGAAACAGGUGGUCGACCCACCCCUUCUUGCCGUCAACCUCCUGCUGCAGCCGCGUCCCGUAGCCCUCGAUCCCCGACGACGGCGUUUUGGCGAUCAAUUCCUUCUCCUCGGCCGGCAGCUCGAAGAAUUCUCGACCGGCGUUUUGCAGCCGCGAGAUGACGUCAUCAGGUAUGCCGUGGUUGACCACCUGGAACAUCCCCCAAUCCUCGCUCACUGCCUUAAUCAACCCCACGAUCUCGCUCUCGUCUCCGCCGCCGACGUCGAUCACCGGGAUCUGGAGGACCACGCCACGCACGGUGGUCUCCGCUGGCUGCUCGGCGGCGGACCGGAUGAAUUGCGGCGGGAUUGUGUCCUUGUUUUGGAAUUGAGAGGCGAUUCCGCCACAUCCUCCGAUCCCCUUUCCGCCGCCGCAUCGGCCUCUGCCUCGCUCAAGCACCGCCGCCCCACGGGUGAGAACAUCCGCGACGAGGUCUGCUGCCACGCCUGGCCCCACGGCUUCUCUGCCAAGUACGUCCCCUUCAAUGCCGACCCAUUCUCCACCGACUCCUACUCCCUCGAUGAGAUUGUCUACAAGCCAUCCCCGCGUCAUCUCCAAUAUAUGUUCCGUGAAAUUGUUCUUCCUGUAAUCCUCCGGUUUAGCUUGUUCUUGAAUGUACCGCGAACUUGUUCUUCCUAG